CUGUUUUUUUCGCGCCAUAUAUGAUCUUUUGUGUAUGUAUUUAUGGGAAAUUAUCUAUUUAUCGCGAAUUUUUCGUACAAAAAUCUUACAUAAUCUACGUAUUCUUUUCCUCUGUGAUAGGACAAUUGCAUUUACUAAAUUCUACCAAAGAAUCAAAGCCAUGAGCACCUUCUUUCGAUUGCUAACGAGGGAUUUGGUGAAACAGUGUCAAACAUUACCACGAACUCUUCAGUUUGAUCGGAACUUUAGCACAAGCAUCAUGAGCGGAGACAAAUUUGACUUUCCAAAGCGCUACCGUGGAAGCACUGAGAGUGUCUGGGUACAAUACAUCCAGCUGGCUCUUCAGUACAAGCCCCUGAAUCUCGGUCAGGGCUUUCCGGACUAUCCACCUCCAUCCUAUGUCACUGAAGCCCUUCAAACAGCUUCCUCCACAAAUCCCCUGCUGAUGCAAUACACCCGGGGAUUUGGACAUCCGCGACUCGUGACACAGCUCAAAAAACUCUACUCGGGACUCGUAGGGAAGGAUCUGAAUGAACAAACCGAGAUCCUAGUCACAGUGGGAGCCUACGAAGCUCUCUUCUGCAUUAUGCAGGGCCACGUAGAUGAUGGUGAUGAAGUGAUCAUCAUUGAACCAUUCUUCGAUUGUUACGAGCCCAUGGUCAAGGCUGCAGGAGGAAUUCCCAGAUUUAUUCCACUAAAACCGAAAUCCACAGGAGGGGAGAUCAGUGCUGGUGAUUGGGUGUUGGAUGAAAAGGAGCUCGAGGGACUGUUCAACAGCAAGACAAAGGCCAUAGUCCUCAAUACUCCUCACAAUCCUCUGGGUAAAGUCUUCAAUCGCCAGGAAUUGGAAGUAAUUGCGAAUCUGUGCAAGAAAUGGAAUGUUCUUUGCAUUGCCGAUGAGGUUUAUGAAUGGAUGGUGUUCAAGCCAUACGAACACAUUCGCAUUUGCACUCUUCCGGGUAUGUGGGAGCGAACACUGACAGUGGGAUCAGCCGGAAAGACAUUUUCGGUAACUGGCUGGAAGAUGGGCUGGGCCUAUGGUCCGGCCAAUUUGAUGAAAAACGUUCAAAUGGUGCAUCAGAAUUGUGUCUAUACCUGCGCUACGCCGAUCCAGGAAGCCAUAGCUAUUGGAUUUGAGAAGGAACUGGCCAGGAUGAAUUCUCCCGAGUGCUACUUCCAUUCCAUCAAAGACGAAUUAAUGGCCAAGAGGGAUUACAUGGCGCAAUUUUUGAAGGAGAUUGGAAUGCAUCCAACUGUUCCUCAAGGAGGAUACUUUAUGAUUGCAGAUUGGUCCCCAUUGAUUGAUAAUGUGGACAUGAAUAGUGAGAAUGAUGCUCAGAAGGAUUAUCGAUUCACCAAGUGGAUGACAAAGAAGGUGGGAUUGCAGGGCAUUCCUCCUUCGGCCUUCUACAGUGUCCCCAAUAAGCCUCUGGGAGAGAACUUUGUGCGCUACUGCUACUUCAAGAAGGAUGAAAAUCUCGCCAAAGCUGCUGAAAUUCUCAAGACAUGGAAGCAGCAUAAAUUGUGAAUUGCUAAAUUUUGACCAUUUAUUUUUUUGGUACAAUCCCAGUUAAAUACAUUAAUUCCAAAACCUCGAUGGCUUGGAACGGGCUACACAUAA